CAGUCUGAGAUUCUGUGCUUCAAAACCCUACCAUUUUCUGCUGCUGCCGUUGCUUCUGGCUCUGAAUCGGAGCUCGUCAACUCUUAUUGUUGUCUGUGAUGGCUACGUCGGUAGGAGCUACGAAUGCCAUUGUGUUGAACGAGCCGCAGCUUCGGAUUCAGCGGUUCAAUGGUUUGAAACCGUCUGGAUUGGUUCCGCUGAACAGGUGCGUCCAUGUUUUUCCGGCUUCGGUGUCGAAAUCUUCUCCUGUAACUGCUGUCUCAACGCCAGUAAAGCAAGACACUUCCACUGAGACUAAGCGUAGCAAGGUUGAGAUAUUCAAAGAACAAAGCAAUUACUUGAGAUUCCCUCUCAACGAAGAGCUACUAUCAGAAGCCCCUAACAUAAAUGAAGCUGCCACACAAUUGAUCAAGUUCCAUGGAAGCUAUCAGCAGUAUAACAGAGAUGAACGUGGUGUUAAGUCAUACCAAUUUAUGCUCCGAACAAAGAAUCCUUGUGGUAAAGUCCCAAACAGGCUCUACUUGGUCAUGGAUGAUUUGGCUGACCAGUUUGGAAUUGGAACUCUUCGUCUGACAACCAGACAAACAUUCCAGCUACACGGCGUUUUGAAGAAGGAUCUCAAGACAGUUAUGAGUACUAUAAUAAGAAACAUGGGUUCAACUCUUGGUGCAUGUGGUGACCUGAACAGAAAUGUCCUUGCUCCUGCAGCUCCGUUUGCAAGAAAAGAUUACUUGUUCGCACAGGAGACUGCAGAAAACAUUGCUGCACUUCUGACCCCUCAGUCUGGUUUCUACUAUGAUAUGUGGGUUGAUGGAGAGAAAAUUAUGUCAGCAGAGCCUCCUGAAGUAGUGAAGGUCCGUAAUGACAACUCAUAUGGAACAAAUUUCCCUGAUUCUCCAGAGCCCAUCUAUGGUACUCAGUUCUUGCCAAGGAAGUUUAAAAUUGCAGUCACUGUGCCUACAGACAACUCUGUGGAUAUUCUCACUAAUGAUAUUGGUGUGGUUGUGGUCACUGAUGCUGAUGGGGAGCCUCAGGGAUUCAAUAUUUAUGUUGGAGGCGGGAUGGGAAGAACUCAUAGAUUGGAGACAACAUUCCCUCGUUUGGGAGAACCACUUGGCUAUGUGCCAAAAGAGGAUAUAUUAUAUGCUAUUAAAGCAAUUGUUGUUACACAGCGAGAAAAUGGGAGAAGAGAUGACCGAAAAUAUAGUAGAAUGAAAUAUCUGAUCAGCUCAUGGGGGAUUGAGAAGUUCAGAACUGUUGUUGAACAAUACUAUGGGAAGAAAUUUGAGCCCUUCCGAGAACUACCAGAAUGGGAAUUCCAAAGUUAUUUGGGAUGGCAUGAGCAGGGUGAUGGUGGUCUGUUUUGUGGGCUCCAUGUUGAUAAUGGUCGUAUUAAGGGAAACAUGAAGAAGACUUUAAGGGAGGUGAUUGAGAAGUAUAACCUAGAUGUGCGCAUCACACCAAACCAGAAUAUUAUCUUGUGUGACAUUCGCCGUGCUUGGAGGCGUCCUAUCACAACAGCUCUUGCACAGGCUGGGCUACUGCAUCCUAGGUAUGUAGACCCCCUCAACUUAACUGCGAUGGCAUGCCCAGCAUUGCCACUUUGCCCGUUGGCAAUAGCUGAAGCUGAGAGGGGGAUACCUGACAUUCUUAAGCGGGUUAGAGCUGUAUUUGAUAAGGUUGGUCUCAAGUACAAUGAGUCAGUAGUAAUAAGGGUAACUGGAUGUCCCAAUGGAUGUGCUAGGCCCUACAUGGCUGAGCUUGGACUGGUGGGUGAUGGACCCAACAGCUAUCAGAUUUGGCUUGGGGGAACACCCAAUCAAACGUCACUAGCAAAAUGCUUCAUGGACAAGGUGAAGCUUCAUGAUUUGGAGAAGGUUUUAGAACCAUUAUUCUACAACUGGAAACGCAAACGACAGGCAAAGGAAUCAUUUGGCAGCUUCACAACUCGUAUGGGCUUUGAGAAACUUAAAGAGAUAGUUGAAAAGUGGGAAGGUCCUGUGGAGGCACCAACUCGAUUCAACCUGAAGCUUUUUGCUGACAAGGAGACAUAUGAAGCUAUGGAUGCACUUGCUAAGCUGCAAAACAAAAACGCUCACCAGUUGGCCAUGGAAGUCAUUCGCAAUUUUGUAGCCUCCCAGCAAAAUGGCAAAGGCGAAUGACUGUCCUUCGCUUCUACAUCCCCACCCCUAAAGAACAAGUAUUUUUUUAUUAAUUUUUAUCCAGGGAAUGGGUGAGUAGUUAUCAAAACUUAAAACUAGAUUUUGUGGCCCCUUUUAUCGAAGUCGUUGAUUGAGCAUUUUCAGUUUGUAAAACACGAGCCUGCCCUCUUAUUCUACCAAAAGUUAUUAGAGCUGAGCUCAAGCCCUCCUCUAGGGUCAUUCCCUUAAUUUUACGAUUGUAGAAGAGAACAGAGCACUCUUAUUAUAGUUAUCGGCUGGGUUCGAAGUUCGAUCUUCGGACAGGAUUCCAUGGAUGAAUUUGAAUUUCUUGGAAUUUGAAACUUUAAAUUGAAAGAGGCUUCAGCGUCCAGAUUGAACACCUCGUUCUGAUGGACUUUCAAGGUGGGCCAGUGGCCACAGUGAUCGGGUUGAGCGUUUCGUCCCAAAGAUCCAUGGUUGGCUUACACGGUCAAGAAUGGUGUUAAAAGGAAUUUGUAAUUCGGGGCCUUAUUUUCCUAUUUAACAUGUUUGUGUAUCUGGAAUGUUUA